AUGGCAGAUAAAAAGAAAAAAAUAUUUACAUCCAAGGAAACAUUAACACCUAGAAGACCAACAAUACUAAAGUCUGACCGUGAUGUCUCUAAAGAAAAUAAAGAGAAACAAGAAAAAGAGAAAGAGAAACCCCCAACAAUCAUACUUAAAACGCGUGAACAAAGUGCCCCUAAAGAUGAAAGGCCUAUCAGCCCAAAAACAUUGAAGACAUCAUCAACAUCGGAUGGUGAUGGGAUGCACCCUUCUAAAAUAGCGCAGAAUGAAAAUAAAGAAAAAAGAGAACACAAACCUAGUCCUCCUCUGAAGUUAAUGUCAGAACCAAUCAAAUUGCUAGAUGAAAACCUGGAAUUUAAUAAUACCGCUGUAGAGUUUCUGAAUGACUCUAACACUAAUUAUCUUAUCAUUGGUGUGAUUGGAACACAAGGUGUUGGAAAAUCGAUGGUUUCCAAUUUGAUAGCCCUAAAUAAACAUACACAGAAUCUUUGUAGUUAUAUUUUACAUUCCCAUGAACUGACCUCGGAAACUACAUAUGAUCAAAACGAUGUCAAAUCUUUGGAGAAUCAAAUGGAAGCGAUGGACUUUAUCGAAACAUCUGCAAAAAUCAAUGACAAGUCAGAUAUUGAUUUCAAAUUUAAAAUGCAAGAUAUUUCGCAAAUCGAGAAAGGAGUUCAUUGUACAAAAGGUGUAGAUAUGUAUGUUACGAGUGACCGAGUGAUAGUACUAGACUGCCAAGCUCUGUUCUCUCCGGCCCUGAUCGAGGAGUUCAGUGCUAGUCCAGUGACAGCCAGGAGUGCGAAUGUAGUGACAGUGGAUUGCCUGCAAGUGGCUUCCUUUCUGAUGUCCGUGUGUCAUGUGCUUGUGGCAAUACAAGAUUGGUUCACGGACUACAAUUUUUUAAGAUAUAUUCAGGCUGCAGAGAUGUUGCGGCCGUCGCUGUGGACGUCGGGGGCGGGGGCGGGAGCGGGCGCGGGGGGCGGGGCCGACGCCGCACCUGCCGGCGACGCGCACCCGCACCUGCUGCUGCUGCACAACAGGUGUCAACUUGAAGAUUUCACUCCUGAGGCAUUGAAGACUAUGCAAGAUUUAUAUAGGAAAGUAUUCCAAAGGUCGAAUCUGCAGUUGAAAUCCGGCAUGUAUAUGUACAGUGAUUCAAACAAGAAUGGUCUGAAUAUGGACAGCGUGUGCAAGGGGCAUAAUGUUGAUAACUGUGGACCACCGAUCAACUUGUUCCUGCUACCUGAAGUCUACUCCGACUAUGACAACCGAGAAAUAUACCGUGGCCAUCCACCUUUCGAGCAACUAGCAAAACGUCUCCGAUGGAUGAUCUUUGGCGUCAACAGGCAUCAGAUCACGAAUGUGCCCAACUUAUCAGAGAAAGGAUGGUUCCAAUACUCCUCCAAAGCAUGGGAAACCAUUAGAAAGUGCACUUUCUUCAUGGAGUAUGAGAGAUUCUUACCUUGA